UGGGAACAAGCGUGAUCGUGGAGACAGCGCCGUCUGGAUACAAAGGUCUUCCGCGCAUGUAAACGCUAGGCUGUAAGCCGAGGCGGAAACAUGUCUGCAGCGAAAACCCGUGCCGACGUUUGCACGACAACCAGCAAGUUGCUGCAGGCUGCGCUAUUGCUUCUGUGGGUGCUGUGGAUAAUUUUCGGCUACCGCAGCAACCUGAUUCUGCAACAUGCUGAACGCAAACACGCUGAAGUUGUGCCCCCGGAAGCGUGGACAACAGCGCCAGAAUUUAAUGAAAGCGUAGAAAGCGCCACCAGAAAAGCAGGGAAAUCAAGGACUACCACGCCUGCGUCAAAGCACCGUACAAGAUCAUCCAAAUUUCGUGAUAUUUGCUGGAAGCCACAAUGCAUUGCCCUUGCGGACAUAAUAAGCGACGGCUUGGGAAAGUCGAGGCCCUGCGACGAUUUCUAUGGCUACGUAUGCGGACAAAGAGCGGAAAACAAGGUGCUACCCCCUUCAAAUGUGAGAAGAUCCGCGAUCAAAGCUCUUCAAGAAAUUCUGAAGUACCAAAAAAUUAGAGGACAGGAGAGCUCGAGUGCAGCUGGAAAAUUCACUGCUGCCUACAGGUCAUGCGUAAAUACAAGAAAUGACAGCCCGCAGCUACAAGUAUCACUGCAAAGAAUACUUCGCGAGCUGGGUUUUCAGGAUUGGCCAAAGACAAGCAAGCAUUCCCCUGGAGAAAGCCAUGAGACCAUCGACGAUACUUUGAAGAAAAUGGGCCUACGAACUUUCUUCGACUACUACGUCCAACUGCAAUCGAAGCACGCAGCCAGCAAACCCACCAUCAUAAUCACAAAGCGGACCAACUUCUUUUUCGCUUCUAGCGCAUCCACUGAAAAGAAAUUGUUUUCCGAAAUCUUAAAUUCCAAGAAAGCUGGUCGGGCAGUAUCAACGUCUGAAAACAUCACGGCAGAACAGUACGGACGCUACAAAGACUUCAUUGCCGAAACAAUCAGGCUAAUAAGGGCCAAUGUGACGGAGGAGGAAAGCGCGCUAAUUGCGAACGACAUUUUGACUUUCGAACAGAAAGUUGCCAAGAUUUCCGACGGAACUAACUUAAAGAGAAUCGAAAUAAACGCGACAUCCGUGGGCACCGAAGUCUCUUCACCUAAUUUUACAUUACGGACAAUGCUUCAAAAAGAACUUGGCGUCAUCAACGCCACUUUAGACGAUGGUAUUCGUAUCAUAUUGAAAUAUCCUGACUAUUAUGCAGGCUUGCGGAAGUUCAUGAGCAGUGUGAACAACACGAAUGUUGUCAAGAACUACGUCAUCUGGACUUACCUUCGGUCAUUGGCUGAGGCUGAAGGGACUGCCCUACACGACCUGUACUUGACGUAUAAAUUGAAUGCGACCAACACGACACGCUCAUCUGCGAGCAAUCACGUCGCCGCUUCCUGCAUCAAACAACUACUCAAACCGGACGCCAUGCUCAGUGCGGGGGCGAGCUUGUACAUUAAGAAUAGUUUUGACAAGUACGACAGGAAUAACGUGCUGAAGAUGAUGCACUUCGUCAAGGCAUCAUUCGGAAAGAUCAUCGCUGAAAACAAGUGGAUGACGAAUUCUAUGAAGACCAAGGCGGCCCAGAGACUGGCCAAAAUGGAAACAGUGAUUGGUUAUCCUGACUGGAUGCUAGACAACCUCGCAGUGAACGAGCUCUAUAAAUUUGUUCCAUUGCUCAGUGAAAAUUCAUCGUUUGCUGAGCACAUCUUCUGGAUUCAAGAAAACCAUCGCUACCAGGAGCUUCUAAAACUCGGGUCACAAUACAAAGAAGAAGAGUUUUCGGCCGUCGCCUUCUUUUCUCAUCCUUACUACAUAGAACGGAGCGAUACCCUCGUUCUGCCAGCGGCAGUGGUUGUGCAACACUAUAGGAGACCGCCAAUGCCGAGGGCUUUGAACUUUGGAACUAUUGGAGCACUCGCCUCAAUGCUGAUGGUUAAUGCUGUUGACAGAUUUGACACAAUUCUGUCCACCGACUACAAAGGGGGAUUCGGCGGUAAAAUAGUCACGAACGAGUUCUGGGAUGAGGAUACGAAGCGAAGGUUUUGUCAAUAUUCCGGUUGCCUGAGGAACCAGGAAUGCAAUGACAGUAAGAAAUAUGUCAAGGCUCAUGGUGAAGCCCACUUGAAUGACUACGUCGGACUGCGGGUGUCGUUUAUGGCAUUAAAAGGCAGUGUUGGAAAUUACAGCAAGCCACACUUGCUUCAUGGAGGCAAGUUUGACACGGAGGACAAAAUAUUUUUUCUCUCAUUCGGCAACCUUUUCUGUCCAUUCGGCAUCACAAAGGCCUUUCCAACAGGUAGGUCUGAUGAACCAAUAAGGUCCCAACGAAGACGAAGUUACAGGGCAAGGCUGAACAGCGCCGUGAAUGGAUACUGCGGCUUCCAGAAGGCUUUCAAGUGUAAAGGAACCACGGACGUGUGCAAACUCUUCCCUCAAACCGCUGACAACCUAAACAGCGUAUAGUUCUCUGUUUACCUUUUAAUUCAUGCGAUUUACGCAUUAUUCGUCAUCUCCUACCACUCCUACACCCACAAUAUGGAACUACAUGCCGACCAGGAAUGGCAAAACCAUGUACUCAUAUUUAUUACAUAAAUAAAAUUGUAGCCGUA